UUGACAGCACCCGCCCAACCAAAAAGGAAAGAGAAACAUUCCCCUCUCAGUAAGAGCUAACAAACCAAAAGCAUAAUCUAAGGCAUUCCGCCAUUUGCCAAGGGAAAGAGUUUGGAAGAUAGGAACUUCGGAGCACUAACAUGGCAAAGAGAUCAGAUUUUGCGCAGAAGCUGUUGGAUGAUCUGCGCUUGCGGAAAGAGCGGAUGGCUGCUGGUCAGACCUCCGGCCGUUCUUCGACAAUGACGGGAGAAACAUAUAGUUACUACAGGCAAACUCAAAAAGGAUUUACAGAAAUAAAAAAGCAUGAUAUUUUUGGUUCGAAAGCAGGACACACACCCAAAAGGUCAAAGGGAGAAAACAGACCACUGACCAUUGGAGAUUCCUCCAAACAGAUUGUUUCCUAUGGGAGAGGCCGAGGCUCAGAACAGAUGGGAGAUCUUUCUUUGGCCCUUGCUCUUGCCUUGGAGAAUGGAGGAAAACUCGGAAAAAUGAACUCCUCAGGCAGUAAUUCAGUGCUUGGUUUCCUGCACCAAAUUGGUAGGAGAUCAGGGAACUUUGGGAAGAUGGAAAAAGGAAGAAGUGUCGAUAUGCACAGGUCUUCAACUAGUCAGUUUCCUACUCUCUCUCCUCUUCAGGUCAAAGAGAUAUCAAAGGGUGCACAGAAAUUGAAUCAAAUCCUCAGAGCCUGCUCUAAUGGUAUUAACUUUGACAGCUAUUCUAUAGAAAUUGGGAAGGAACUUCUGAAAGGCGCCAUGGAUUUGCAAGAGUCCCUGAGAAUGCUUGUAAACCUGCAGGAAGCUUCAGAGCACAUGGUCACCCCACAGAGGAAAAACCGGAUCAAACUGCUGGAGGGUGAUGAAGAUGAAGAUGAUGACAUUGUCAAGGUUGAUGAACAGAAGCAGCUGGACCGACCGAUAUUCUCCUUUGAUAAGCCCUCAAGGGGCACACACCAAGUUUCAAGGACUGGUCUCAAGCAGAGGCUGACUCUGACAUACUCAUCAGAAGCUUCCAACUUGAACCAUGAAAGCCGAGCUUUAGUUACCUCAAAUUCUCAAUCAGGAUCAGCUAGAUAUGUCAAUGAUUUCAAAGCUCUUGGUGUUCUAUCCGAACACAAGAAAACUUCAAGUUCAGCAAGAUCAAAACCAGACAAGGGUAUUCCAAAUAUAAUUGCCAAACUAAUGGGACUGGAAGAAAUUCCAGGAGCUAUGGAUUCAAAGCAUGGAACUCAGACAGAUUUGAGCUCCAGGCAAAAAAUGGAUGGAAGGGAUUCAAAGAAAACUGCACUUGAAGGCACCAAGAAUGAUGAACCAAAGUCCAAACAUGCUGAGAAUAUGGCACUCCAAACUGCAAGGCAGAGGGUGAAACAGUCCACCAAGACGCUGGUGACCCAGAACACUGCAUUUGGGCAGCAAGCAGAAAAAAACCCAGGGACUCGCAAUGCCAACCUUGAGAUGGUGGUUCAUAAUGGAAAACCACCUUGGAAGGACUCAGAAAAUGUUGAAGGUAAAAAUGCGGGGACAGCCACAAAGAAGGCUACUGCAAAAAUAAGCAAGCAGCAACAAAGCAACAUUCAAUUGACAGAAAUUACCGGAAGUCAAAAUGGCAUACUGGAAAAUGCAAGACGGCGGGACGAUUCAAUCCUCAGAGAACAUAAGGUCAUGGAAAGGCGCGAAACAAAAGAACCGUUCUUAAAGCAUGUGCAGCUCCAGGUGGCACCACCUACACAUAUAAUUCCAGAAGCUGCAAAGGGACUGCAACAUAAGACAGGGCAAAAUGGAAGUACACCUCAAGCAGAACAGAGAUAUGCAAACAGGCUUUUCCCAAGCCAUCAACAAAAUAUGGUAAAUAAUCUUGGAUUGCAUGAACUGAACAUGAUCCAAAAAUCUGAGCAUCAACAAGAAAAACAUCAAGCAGCAGAGAAGGAGCAGAAUGUCAGGCAGAAAUCACAGGGGGGAGUACAGAAAGGAAUUGAGGUAGUCUCGAAGAGUUCAUCAAAAAGCACGCAUGAGACUGUGAAUCUGCAAAAGAAGCAUCCACAUUUGAACCAAUCCACACAUGGUAAGAAAAGUUCAACAGAUGCAAUUGAUGCGAUGCCACACAAAGGAUUUCCAAAUACCAAACACCAUGAAAAUAUGGUCAGAUAUGGAAGUCCUACCAACUUAAAGGUCAACAUAAAAGAUUCAAUGCACAAGAACUUCGAUCAAAGUGCCUCACGAACAGAUGUAGAACUUCAAUCAAAAAAGGCAAAAGCUAACAUUCUGCCUAUUAUGAAAGAGAAGGCUGUUCACGUUACACCCGCUCAGAAGAAGAUAGACAAUACUAAAGUGCAUAAAAGGGAGACCCCUCGAAAGAUUGAUGAAGUAAUGACCAGAAGAAAUGGAACUAACUUGGUAAGGCCACUGAAGCAUCCAAUAUCAAUUCUGCAAGAAAUGAAACAGAGAAGGCAGGACAAAAUUGGAGGCACCAAAAGAGCUGAACAAGGGAGUGCUGUCAGACACAAAGAAGCAGAGGUGCACAUUAUUAAUUCCAAGAAAUCAGAAGCAAACACCCAACCAUUUGCUGUGGCACAGAAAUUGCAUAAAGAUGCUGAACUGGCUUCCAGUUUGUACGGUUCUGUGGGAUUGAAUGCCAAAUUUGAAUUUAGAUGGCAUCCAAACAAGGUUCCAUUGAUCAGCAAGGCCAGGCACCUCUUUCUAUCAAAGAUCAAGAACCGGGUUUCUCAAAAUUGUAUCAAAUCCGCUUAUUGGAAAUCAAGAAAGAAGUGUGGAUCUCUCUCAUACUGUUCAACUGGAGCCCCAGAAAUUUCCAAAUCAAGGACACAGCAGCAACCACUGACAGAAAAUGAAAACCACCUCAAGCAGAUACUAAUAAAAAGCCAACUAUUUCUUAACACAGCAGAGGCACUCUUCAAACUCAAUGUUCCUGUUGGCAUUCUUCAUGCUAGUGGCCAUGACUGUCAUGAUGAGGAAAGCAGGCUCAUAUUAGAUUGCGGCUAUGAACUAAUGAGAAGAAAAGGGAAAAGACAAGAACUCAGUGUUCAUCCUUUCGUGAAGAUAUCGAUCAGUUCCACAAAGAUAGCUUCUUUGGAUGACUUGGUAAAGCAGUUGCAUAUAGACUUUGAGAAGUUGAAAUCAUGUGGCAGGGAUGGGAGUGAUGACUGUGAUGCUGCAGACUACCUACCAAAAAUGCUCGAGCUAGACGUCCAAACCAUGGAUCCAGAUGUGAACUGCUUGUGGGACCUUGGUUGGAAUGAUAAGAUGUUUGCAUUUAUUGAAAAAGAUGAUGUUAUAAGGGAUGUGGAGAGGCAUGUUUUCAGUGGACUCAUAGGUGAGAUUACCAGAGAUUUUUUGCAUCUAAGCAUACCAAAUUGAUUGAAACAGAGCAGUGUAGAAUGCUUUGAGAAGAAUCGGUUUUCUGCUAUUUUGUUGUAGUAGGGGAAUUUCAAAGUUGUAUGUGAUUUUGUAAAACAUAAAUUAAGGGUAAUCCGUUUUCCAAGUUCCAACUCAUAAAUACACGGAUGCUGUUCUUUUUA